UAGAUGGGUGCAGAUUUUAGCAAGCUGUAUGAUGCCGAUUCAAAUCAUUUGCUAUUGCGUCUCACAUAAAUUGGUGUGGCGAGCCGGAUGUGGCCGACGGGCCUUGACUUUGACAGUGGAUCUUUACCACUUCACAGCUAACUUGAUGUUUGCAUCAGAACAGAUUGAGAAGGAAUUAUUGGGGCGGCUCUGUCUUCUUAGCGAAUGUAGCAGUUCUUCAUGUUUCCACUAUCUGUUUACAUUAUUCAUACGGGGGAGGGAGUGACUUCUUGGCCAUUUUCCCUCCUGCAUAAAACGAGAAAGUUGGCGUCAUAGAAAUUACAGAUGGAGAAGACCUGUCGGCUCGCAGCGUCACACAGAGCCCCCUUGAGCUUCCGUGUCGUCCAGUUGUGACAAUCACAAUCACCAGCAUGCCCGCGCUCUGCGUGCUUUGUCUCACUGCCACAUUGGCUGUGUUAGCGCAGCCCAUCGCCGCCGUGGGGCCCGUCGUCCAGUGCGAACCGUGCGACGCCGCUGCGCUCCUGCAGUGCAAGCCCCUUCCAAAGGACUGCACGGAACAGUUGAGGGAGCCCGGCUGUGGCUGCUGUGUGGCGUGCGCCCUCGGUCAAGGGCGGGCGUGUGGAGUGUACACCGCACGCUGCGGCUCGGGUUUGACCUGCCAGUACCGGCCGGGGGAGAGCCGACCCCUUCUAGCUCUGUUGGAGGGACGCGGAGUGUGCUCGAGCGCGGCGUCUGAAAAAAACAACACUACGGUGGUUACGGCGCAAAAGCAAGACAAUGGACGAAAUCAGGUAGAGGAAGACCUUGCCAACAAGAUGGCUAAAAUUACCACAUUGCCCAGUGUAUCAACUGUAAAAGGGGGGCAGAGUGGAGAUGUGAUGGACACCAGGCCUUCAUUACACAACAAGUUGAUAAAGAAAGAUCACAACUGGAAGACUCAGAGCUACAAGAUGGACUCGAUGUCAGAGGGAGCCAAUAUGGAUACGCCAAACGUCUCCCUGGAAAACAAAAGGGAGACUGAGUAUGGCCCAUGUCGACGGGAGAUGGAAAGUAUCCUAAAUAGUUUUAAAAUCAGCAAUGAGCUCAACCCAAGAGGCUUCCGCAUACCCAACUGUGAUAGAAGAGGCUUCUAUAAGAAAAGACAGUGCCGUCCAUCCAAAGGCAGAAGGCGGGGAUACUGCUGGUGUGUGGACAAAUACGGACAGGCGCUUCCUGGCUAUGACGGCAAUGAUCGCAAUGAGAAACAGUGUCACAACCGUGAAAGCCAGUGAGAGGACAGAACUGUUUGUGUUCGAGAAAAGGUUCAAGCUAUGAAAACUUGGAAUAGCGAGAAAUAUAUCAUCUGCACUAUUUUGCUAGGGAGAGAGAGAAAGGAGGGAAUUUUCCACUCACUUUUAAAGAACUUCUUUGUGACUGUGACCCCAAAAAUGCAAGCGCCUCUAUAUCAAUGUGUGUCUGUCUGUGAACGUGGCUGGCACCGUGAGUGUGUCAGCUCUUGUCUUGAAGUGUGAUGUCUUGCAUUACAUGUAUGUGAGCACAGCUGCAUGUUUGUGCAAGAGGUGUGAGAGUUUGUUUUCCCAAAAAGUGUUUUCUGUAAACACAAAAGUGCAUCAUUAAGGUAAGAGCAACCAAACUCAGGCCCUGUACCAUUCAACAAUACAACAAAACUGUCUCAGGGUCCUUUUAGAAGAGAAUGAUGAUGGCAAAGCAGGGCUUUGUCUUGAUAUUUAGCACAUUGGAUUUCAUCACUGAGUCUAGCUUGUACCAGUAAAGGAACAGAUGCAAACCAUGCAGUUACAGUGCCUUACACCUGCCCUUUACAUGCUGGCACGCUCCCUGGCCAGGCACCCUCCAUAUUAUAUCUAGCAAUCGAGUAUCAAAUACACUCCUCACGUUGUUUAUAUGUACACAGCUUGCACCUUCAAAACAGACAGCAGAUGUAAUUCGCAACAACAACAAGAAAAUGUGUUUCUUUAAGUAAAAGUACCGUUGGGUCAAUAUUGGGGUUGUAAAUAACAAUUACAGUGGUACCUUGGUUUUCGAACGUCUUGGUUUUGGUACAAAACGGUUUUAGAAUGAAAAUUCCGAGAUUGUUUUUUGCUUCAGUUUUUGAACGAAAAUCGGUAUUCAAACAACCCGACCAGCUGACGCACGAUGACUUGUUGUUGUGCUUUCGAACGCACCCCCGAAAAAAACGGAAAACACGUAACCAGUUGACUCACACAACUCCUCUCUUCGUGGACGUUUCCCAGUACAGUACAGUGACUUGUUUUCUUCAAAGUGAGCAACAUUAACCCUUACUCAUGGCUUCAAGGAAGGCAAGUGGAACUGCUGGUGCUGAAAAAAGGAAAGUGGUGCGUAAAACUGUCGGCUUCAAGAAGGAUUUGAUAGCCAAGCAUGAAUCUGGUGUCCAUGUUUAUGAGCUAUCAAAGAAGUAUGGCAUGGCGAAAUCGACAAUCAUCGCCAUCCUGAAACACAAGGAUGCCCUCAAAGCAAGAGAUUUUGCUAAAGGAGCAACCGUGUUGACCAAGCAGAGGCUACAGAUCUUGGAGAAAGUCGAAAAGUUGCUUCUUAUUUUCGUGAACGAGCAGCAGUUAGCUGGGGAUAGUGUUGGCGAGGAAGGGAGGAGAUGUCUGAUGAGGCUGAAGGUAGGAAGGAUGUCUCAAGUGCCGAUAUUAAAGCUAUCUGCGCUAAAUGGAAGGACAUCGAUAAUUUUGUAGAACUUCAACACCUGAAUAAAGCUGAAUGUUGCAGAGCACUGCAAAACUUUAAUGAUGUUGUUGUGAGCCACUUCAGAAAAGUGCUUAAAAGACAGCAGAAACAAAAAUUAGAUUCGUUCUUUGUGAAAAAGAGGCGAGUCGCUUCCACCGGAGACACCUGAAACUGAUGUUUUGGAUUGCUUUUUUUUUUUUUGUUCCAUGAACCCUACCUCUGGCUGCAAGUAUAUUUUUUUUUACGUUACGUACUUUCUGUGCAAAUAAAAAAACAAGUUGAUUUUUUCCCCCUGAUUAUUGCUUGUUUAAAGUUAUUCUGCAUUUUUGUUAAUAAAAAAAAAAGUUUACAAGGCUGGGGGCCGAUUCGCUACAAAUACGGCAAUGCACUCCCAGCCUAGCAUACUCUACUAGGCUACAUUUUAAGCAUCAAAUAAAUAUAUUUCUUAAAUUAUUUAAUUUUAUGAAGUAUUUUAAACUGUAUAUGUAUCUCUACUAUGCAGUUUAUUUCAGGAAAAGCUAAAAAAAAAAGCACUUAAACUAUUUUUUAGGCUUGGAACGCAUUAUUUCAUUUUCCAUUCAUUGUAAUGAGUAAAAAUGCUUCGGUUUUUGAAUGUUUUGAUUUUUAACCAGCCUUCUGGAACGGAUUGUGUUCGAGAACCAAAGCACCACUGUAUUAUAAUCAAUUCAUCAGUCAAAGAUUUUUUUUCCGAUACAUUAGAUUUAAAUUUUCCCUUCAUUCAAGAACAGGACUUUAUUUCAAAUUGGCUGUGCAAUCCACAAAAAUAAAAUGUGAUUCCAUUCUUGGUUUAGUGUCGGAAAUGAGGUAAAAAUCCUGAUCUUUGUUUCACAAAGGGAAAACUACUGUUUGCAAAUGUCUUAUUUUGAUUCAGCACCAAGAUAAUCAGGCGGAUUUCAUGCAGGACUGUAGAAAUUGAAUAUUUACUGUUGAGAGGCUGAAAUCCCCAGUAUUUGUACAUUUUAAAUCAAACAAGGUCUGAAUGACUGAUUAUUAAAAUAGUUAUCAAGUAAUUCAACAAUUGAGUUGUUGUCAGUUCAUCAAAAUUAGAUUAGAUUACUUUGUUGCAUCUUUACACAACAUUUUUUUUUUUCAUUAGUAUUGGUGAAUUGCAUGAGACCUUCUGAUCUUGGAGUUAAUGAUUGUACUACAACUAAACAUUAACAGUGGAAUAGUGUGAUCAUUGGUGGCAACCAAAAAAAAAAAUGAAAUGGACUUUGUUCUAUAUACUUUGUCUGACCAUUGUUAAAGUAGAUAGAUCGCUAAUUCCAUUACCGGAUUUUAUCAUGGGCAGUCUGUUCAAAAUGAUCUUCAGGCCACACUGUAGUUAAAGGGUUCAGUAUCCCCUCCUGUUGUUUGUUGCCACCACCUGUUCCAUUCCGUCCAUGAUCCUUCCCACCUGUUUAUCCAAGCUCACAAGGCUUCUUUUCCUUGUCCGUCAUACUCGCGCGGUUCUGAUGUCCCUCGUGUCUAAAGAGUGCCAUCCUACACGGACCUUGUACUGUAUUUAUGCCUAAUCCUGUUCCCAUCCUGUUCCACAAUGUAGGACUUGAUUUUUACACCACCUUCUUUUCUUCCUCUCAGUGAAAAAGUUAACCUGGUAGAGGCUUAUUUAACUGUGCGAGCCUGGUGUGACUGGGUUGCCCCACCCCUGGUGCCAGAUGCCUCUAUGCCACAAGCACAAGCACUUAAAGCACUUUAGCUGCACCUGUGCAAAAGAAAAUUGGGCCUUUUUGCAUCUGCAAACUUCUCCUUUCUAUGUAGUAUAAGGUAAAUCAGUGCAAUUAUAUUGUACUGUAAGUAAGAACCCUGGGUGGGGUGGGGGUAUAAAAGAAGGACACAGCAGAACUUCAGUGAACUCAGUGAAGGUCCCUCGGAAAUAUUUAGUUCAAUGCAACUAUUCAUUUUGAUUGUUGGUUUUCUUCCUUUGAUAAAAAGCUUGGAUGAUCAUAUGCCACCAGAUCUGUAUUAAGGUGGACACAGCACCAAAUAUUCUUCCAUUGAUACAAGUGGUUGGGGGUCUGAGGGAGGAGGCCUGAUCAUCUCUAAAGCACUUCCGUCCCGAUGCCCUCCUCCAUUCUGUGUAAAGACUUGAAGAACAGUAGACAGCCUGCCGAUAAAGAAUGGUACCCAGUAGAUUGGGAGCACAAUCUUGGCUGAACACUCCCUCGAACAGACAAAGCAGCAACUUACACCCAGCCUGUUGGUGCUAUGUCCCAUCUAUUCAAAGCCUUGAUGUAAGGGAGGGAAAGGAAUUAAAAAGAAAAAAACCAACUGAUUAGGUUGUUUCCUGUCCAUUAUGUGUGUGUGUUUUUAUAUGCAUAUAUUUGUUGGCCACUUCAUGUACAGUAAUGACAAAUAUGAAUUAUUUAUCUCAAACAGAAUUAUAAGAUGAUCCAAACUAGAUUUCCCGUGAUAAUGUCUGUGACUCACCAAUUGCACAGAGAAGCGGAAACAGUCUAUGUAUUUUGGGGAAUAUAAUCACUAUUUAAUGUUGUAUUUGUAAUCUGCAAUUUCUUCUGUUACUCAUGAUCUUUACUGCUUUUUAAGUGUGUCACUUCUGACCAUGCAGUCUAGCCUCAAAGCCAGAUUCAAGUUUCUCCUCACUCACUUUUUUUUAUUUUGGCAAUUUUUUUGCCCACUAGCCAUGCUAAGAAUCUCUGUGCAGAGUUUAUUUUAUUUUUUGAGGGGGUUCAAACAUUUCAUGAUACAAAACCAGAAAGCUCACAGGUAUCACAUAAUCCAAGAAACGAACUGGUUUGCUUUGAAAUAUAAAUUCUAUUUAAUGUUUUUUUUUUUAAUAAAAAUGAACAUAUUUUAAGAUGCCAUUUGUAAUAUUUUUUCAUGUCUCCACUCCAGUGUGUGUUUUUUUUCUUUUUCAUUUGCACAGCACCUUAAAAUCUAUAGGCAACCAAGGAACAAAUCUGCUGCUAUUUUCUGUGAAUGCAAUCAGGCACCCCUCAGUCUCAGAAUGUGUCAAUAAGGAUAAAGCAAGGGUUCAAUUUGUAAAGAAUAAAAAUAAAUCUGUUGGUGCCAGGCUGGCUGGCAGUGGGCACAAGAGCUCGAAGCAAAUUCCUGUGCCCGACCAAGGCAAACAGAGCAGGUCAAAAGGUAGCAUGUACCUGAAUGUCCUUGGCAAGCUUUCUAAAGUUAGGACCUCCACUCAAGAUCUCACCCGAUAACACUACAUAAAAACGCACUCAAAAUAGAAACUGGGGUUAAGUAAUGUUUUUAUUAAAUAUAUCACCUUUUUCUUACAUUACAUCUCAAUUACAAAAGUGAGCAAGCAGUUAGUCUCUUUGGAAUGGAUAAAAACAAUACUCUCCAACAGCAGCAUGUAGAUCAGAACAGAGGCGCCACUUGUGAACCAAGUCAUGGUUCAUCUGUGAGACUCCUUCCAUGUGGUCAUGUGUUCUUCAUCAGAGAGAACAGCAAGCUACAAGGUAGAAUAGCAAGUAUUGUUGACACACAGAAACAAUUGAGAAGACACAUAAACACUGGAGGUAGGUAAAUGUUGAAAUACCCGUCUGAGUGGAGGUGCAUUACAGGACACCCUACUCUGCACCACAUCAAACCAUGUUUUUUUUUUUCUGAGAUUAUGUCGUCGUUCAAAUCUGACAGUUUUGCAGUCACUCAAACGAGCUGAUGG